AUGGCAUUUAGUUCAAUCGACGACGGCUUCGUCGCCGCGACCGGAGCCAUGUCCGGCCUCGAGCUCCAAGACAAUGACGCCAGCCUUCCCAUCUUCGUCGUCGAGCAGGUGCAGCUGCAGUUCUCGGUAGCAGCGGACUUCAUAGCGGCGCAGGUGGCGAAUAACGUGCUGGUGAUUGCGCUUUCGAAUGGGAGGAUAUUGAGGAUAGACCUUAAUCGGCCGGAGGACAUUGAUGACAUCGACUUGCCCCGAAAGACGUCCGAGAUAGGCACGAUCCGCCGCAUGUUCCUCGACCCGACUGCCUCUCAUCUUCUCGUCUGCACAUCUGCCGGGGAGAACUACUAUCUACAUUCACAAUCCCACCAACCGCGCCCGUUGGGCAGGCUAAAGGGCGUGCUCAUCGAGAGCGUUGCUUGGAAUCCUGCGCUGCCCACCGCUUCGACUCGCGAGAUCCUACUCGGAGCGUCGGACGGGAAUAUCUACGAGACGUUUAUCGAGACUUCGCAUGAGAUAUAUAGGCGGGAUGUGAAGCACUUCAAGAACUUGCUUAAGCUCCCCGAUGAGCCCAUAAUAGGGUUAUGGGCCGAUAGCCUCGGUGGAAGGUCAGAUAUGCGCAGGGUUAUGGUGGCUACGCCGCAGCGGUUGUUCCACCUCUCAGGCAAGAUAUCGACGAAUGAUAGCACGGGGUCGGUAUACUCGGUCCUCUUUGAAUCGCAGGAGCCUGUUGUCCACGAGCUCUCGCGGACCACGACCACUGCCGCGUCAGCUUUGGUGGUGUCUCCCGAUCUACCCGAGGAGGAAGGCUUCAGGGAGGAUUCUCGUGAGCGGGCUUUCGCGUGGCUUUCGUCGCACGGCGUCUACCACGGGAAGCUGCUUACUUCGCCGGCAAACGAAUCGCUCGGUACCAAAGUGUUCGCCGAAUCCAAGAUGCUCUCGAGAAGCCAGUUCACGACGUCCGAAGCGUCGGGCAAACGGAGAACGUCGGCGGAGCUCGUGGAGGCUAUUGCCCUGACGCAGUGGCACAUUAUCGCCCUCGUAGGCCGCCGCGUCGUCGCGGCUAACAGGCUAACGGGCGCCAUCGUUUACGACCAGCUGGUUCUUAACGAUGGCCAGAAGGCUAUUGGCUUCUCCGUCGAUUUGCAAAAGAAUACGUUUUGGCUCUUUGCUACGGAUGAGAUCUUCGAGAUUGUCGUGCGCGACGAGGACAGGUCCAUCUGGCAGGUUAUGCUGGAGAUGCAGCAGUUUGAUGCCGCGAUGCAGUAUGCGCGGACGCAGACGCAGAGGGAGACAGUGGCUUCCUCUUACGCCGACCAUCUUGUCGAGAAGGGCCACUAUAAUGAGGCGGCGGCCCUCUAUGGGCGGAGUAAUAAGCCGUUUGAGCAUGUGGCAUUGGCUCUGAUCGACAACGACCAGCCUGACGCACUCAGGAAAUACCUCCUCUCGAAGCUAGCGUUGUCGAAGCGGACGGCCAUCAUGCAGAGGGUGAUGAUUGCCUGUUGGCUCGUCGAAGUCUUCAUGGCGAAGCUAAAUUCGCUGGACGAUACCAUCAUGACUCAGGCCGAGUUGGCGGGAGAUCUCAACCCGGCACAAUCCAAGGAGCUCCUGAAGUCGGUACGGCACGAAUACCAAGAAUUCAUCAAUCGGUACAAGGACGACUUAGAUCGCAAGACGGUCUACGAUAUUAUCGGUAGCCACGGACGUGAGGAGGAGCUCCUCUACUUUGCCAACGCCAUAAACGAUUACAAUUAUGUGCUGUCCUACUGGGUGCAGCGGGAGCGGUGGAGCGAGGCACUGAAUGUUCUCAAGAAGCAAAAGGACGCCAACGUAUUUUACCGGUAUAGCAGCGUCCUCAUGACCCAUGUGGCUACGGAGCUGGUCGAGAUUCUCAUGCGGCACGCUGACCUGCGUCCGCGGAACCUUAUCCCUGCUCUUCUGGAGUAUAACAAGCACUUCAGAGGACCGCUCGCACAGAACCAGGCCGUGCGAUAUCUUCAAUAUGUUAUAAACCAGCUCAAGUCGAAAGACUCGGCGGUGCAUAAUACCCUGGUGUCCAUCUACGCAUCGCACAAGUCCAAAGACGAGUCCGGCCUGAUGACAUAUCUCGAGUCCCAAGGCGACGAGCCCAACUUCGACCCGGACUUCGCUCUCCGGCUCUGCAUCGAGCACCACCGGACCCUAUCAUGCGUGCAUAUCUACACCAACAUGGGCCAGUACCUCCAAGCGGUCGACCUCGCCCUCUCGCACGACGAGAUCGAACUAGCGGCCAUCAUCGCCGACCGCCCCAUGUCCAACCCAACCCUCCGCAAAAAACUCUGGCUCGCCGUGGCGCGCAAGGUCAUCACGCAAUCCGACAGCAUCAAAUCCGCCAUCGACUUCCUCAAGCGGUGCGACCUCCUCAAGAUCGAAGACCUGAUCCCGUUCUUCCCAGACUUUGUCGUUAUUGACGACUUUAAGGAGGAGAUUUGCGCGGCGCUCGAGGAUUACGGACGGAGUAUCGACGGUCUAAGGCGCGAGAUGGAUGAGUCGUCGCAGACGGCUGCGAAUAUUAAGCUCGAUAUCGCGGCGCUCGAUCAUCGCUACGCCAUCGUCGAGCCUGGGGAGAGGUGCUACGAGUGUGGGUUGCCGUUGCUGAGUCGUCAGUUCUUUGUGUUUCCCUGUCAGCAUAGUUUUCAUUCGGAUUGUCUUGGUCGGAAGGUGCUGGAGCAGCAGGGCGUGGCGAAGAGUGCGAGGAUUAGGGAGUUGCAGGUUAAGAUUAGCAAGGGGUUGGUGAGUGGAGAGAAGAGGGAUGCGAUGAUUGCUGAGCUGGAUGCGUUGGUGGCGUCGGCGUGUAUUCUUUGCAGCGAUUAUGCGAUCAAGAGGAUAGAUGAGCCGUUUGUUCGUGGGGACGAUGAUUUGGCGGAGUGGGCGUUGUAA